AUGCACUUCCUGAAGUGGGCACGGCCCUGCGCUGGACUUGUUCACACGAUGCCUAGGGCCUUGACGCAAUGUGAUGAGGGGAAUGGACGUCUUCACGUCAAGUGCUUCUUUUGCCCUGAGGCUUUCUCUUCACGGAAUGGUUUGUUCAAGCACUUGCGCAUGAAGCAUCCGUCAGCUCACAAUCGAAGGUGUGACAGAUGCAACAUCUUUCCCGUGCUUGGAGUGUGCUAUGAGCGCAGUGAACCACAAGCUGUGCUGUGUAGCAAGUGCUACAGCAAGUAUGAAGCCGAGGGUGAUCCGGAUUCCCAGUGCUCCACAUCUUCCACAUUCUCAAAGCAUGAUUUCCCUCAGCACAUGCAAGGCCAUGAAGCUCAGCAAGCUCAGCAAGCUCAGCCAUUCAGAGAAAAGAGGGAAUUGAGGGAACCAGCAAAGCCAGCGAUCUGCAAUGCUCUCAGACCACCGCUACAGUUUGGCCCGUCCAAGUUGCCCAAGUCUCUGGUGGAUGCCUUCAACAAAUACGCAUCUGCUGAAAGGCCUGUGUUCCGGAUACCAAGUAAAACCCUUCGAGAUGAAGUUCCCUUGGAAGACUUGGAGUUUGCUUGGAGCAACCAACUGCUGUGUGGUAUGCCCGUAGGCAUCAAAUCAACCUUUGCUCAUGCUGACAAAGAUCAAUGGCUGCAUCUAGCGAUGGAGGAUCCUGAUCGAGAUGUCGUCCUGUCACCUCAGCAACCUCUCUUGACUUCGGAACUACUGCUGGCGAUCCUUCGAUUUCACACCUUCGAGAAAGAAAUUCGUUGUGUAGAUGUCAGGCGAAUCGCGAAGUCCACCUGGAACUGCAGUUAUUCCACGGAGGAGUGGGGUUUGUGUGCUGAGAAAAUCCAUGGUGUCAAGAUCCGUCGACAGAGGGGGCCAUCUGGCCACGAAAGUGCUUCGAUUUCACUUCAACACACAGGAAAAGUGGUCCAGCCUCUGGAGUUCGAAGACUUUGCCUUUUCCUUCCUUCAGAAGGUCAAUGGUCAGGAGUUUUAUUCCACCCCCAGCUUGGCCGAAUCCAUGUUUCUCUAUGGCCACCAUCCAGAGGCCCAGGUUGCCCCGGGAGUCUGCUACGACUUGGUGUGGCGAGCGCGUCAAAUCGGGUGCGUCCAACCAUGCAAGGAUGGAAGGAGCGAUGGUGCCUUAGGAGUACAACUCGAUGCGUGGGAAGCUUCGGAAGGUGGAGAUACAGCUGUGGUAGCCGUUUGUGACCGCAAGCAGGCAAAGAGCUGGAAGAACUCCUGUGACAUUGAAGAUGAGAUGGACUUUGGCUCCUCUCGUGUUCAGAAGCUUCGUUUGAGCGAGGUGCUGAAGAGUGCCACCGGAAAUACGGUGGAUCUUUUGCCCGACAGCUUUGCGCACAUCAUGAGAGAUUUCUGCCAGUCGGGCGAUUUCCCACGAUUCGCCAUCCCCACCAUCACACACGACUACCCAGGCCUAACGGAGUACUUGGUGAGGAGGGAGUGCCACUUUGGGGGCGACUGCAAGUUCAUCCAUCGGCGUCUCGAGCAGCGAGAAGGAGCUGAUUUGUCAGAGAGGCUCUGCGAGAAGUUGAGCGAAACCAACUGCAGAGUCCGGGAUCCCAAGCUCCGUGAAGUCUUGUGGGAUUCGAUGAAGAAAGGCGAGCUGAGGAUCUCUUUGGAGACGCUAUUGGAGAGGUGGUCAGAGUGGAGUGACGGCGCCGAUCGCGACAGUCAUGUGGAGCGACUUCAGGAAGAAGUAGGCAAUGGGCUUCUGGUGAUGAAAGUGACCUACUUGCGACAGCUGUGCAAGUCCUGCUUCGCGCUGGUCAUUCAAACCAGUAGCUGGGUGGACCUCGGCAAGAGGUCGGGCUUCAGCUACCAGAAAGAAGGUAAGGAGACAGGCCGUUGGAUCUUGAGAAAGUCCAAAGAAAGCCGUCGAUGUGAAUGGAAACCGAAAAGUGACACGUCCGAGCGUCAAAAAGAUUUGAGAGACUUCAUGAAGACCUUGCAGGGUUGGCCUUCCAUCGGAGUUCUCUUGGAAUCUGCACGGAUCUUUGGAGCUCCGUCCUUGCAACCAGCACCAUCAAAACGGUCGCGCUUGGCGGCCUUGUACUGCAUCUUGCAGGAGGUCACUGAGGAAGGAAUGCUUCAGGAUGGGGAGCUGGAAGAGUUCGAAGAUCUGGAAGAGCUGGAAGAGCUGGAAGAGCUGGAAGAGCUGGAAGAGCUGGAAGAGCUGGAAGAUUCCGACACCGAAACGGAAGAAACCUCACGGGCCACCAGGUCCACCCAUUCUGGGUCCAAGUCCACCAAGUCCACCAUGUUUCCGGGGAUGGACUGGCACCUGUUCCCACCACCCAUAUGCUUCGGAGAGGAGAGUUUUUGGCCAGCACCCCGAACUGCAGAGCACAUGGCCCAUUUGUUGUCACAGGAAUGCGACAACAAAAAGGCAGCCGGAACUGUGGUGCGGGGCAGACGGGUAUUGACUCGCACCAGGCCAUAUGCACGCUUGUGCACCAUGCUGAACAGGUAG